CUGACGACAGAAAUGCAUCCCAAGCCCGAGCAACUAGCUCGCGAAGCCAAUUGUUGCUGUUGUUGUUCGUGUGUCCCAAUGUUUUGUACUCGUGCCCAUUUAUAACGUGGCAUCUGAAAAAUUGUAAGAGCCGGUCGAGCGACAAGUACUACAACUCGGGAGCAAUCGCGCGUGUGGUGAUAGGGAUAAGAGUAUCAUUAUCCACAUGUUCUGUUGCAAGUGAUGAAGUGCGUUCGGAUAAAAAAAUGUCACCUGCAAGGAUCGAUAUUUCGGCUCACAGGAUCAUCCGCGGCGUCAUUGUUUUGUGUAUGUUGAACUUCCCACGCUCCGACUCGACCAAUGUCGUCAAUCGUUUGGUGCAGCAGUCGUUCAGGGUACGGCCGUCAAACACCUCGAUCCUCGAAGGAGGCGAGGCAACCCUGCCGUGCGAGGUCAACAAUAAAAUGGGCAACGUGCAAUGGGUCAAGGAUGGCUUCGCCUUCGUCGUCACACAGAGCGGCGAAAUCACUGGCUACCCGAGGUUGCGGAUCAUUGGCGAUCAAUCUUACGGCGUCUACAACCUGAACAUAAAAAACGCGACGCUGAGCGACGACGGGGAGUACCAGUGUCAGGUCGGCCAAUACGGCAAGAUCAAGCCCAUCCGGACCAACGCCAAGCUCACCGUGCUCUCACCACCGCAGUCGGUUGAGAUCGUAGGCCACAAGGAUCCCUCGAAAAUCGAGAUCAAGCAGAACGAGUCGCUGAAGCUGGAGUGCAUUAUCCGCAUGGCCAAACCAGCCGCCACCAUAGUCUGGUACCGCGGCAACGUCCAGAUCAAGGGUGGCGACAUCAGCAUCACGCCCGUACCCGUACCCGAUGACAAGGACAUGGUGAAGGCGCUGGACCACAAGAGCGGCAAGCUCGAAAAGUACGACACGUACGGCUCGAUCAGCAUCAUGCCGACGCCCGACGACGACGAGACGAGCUAUACCUGCGAGGCCAGGCACUCGGCCAUCCCGAUCGAGAGGCCCAUGCGCGCCGUCGCCACGCUAUCAGUUUUCUAUCCUCCGGGGCCUCCUUUCAUCGAGGGUUACGUGGACGGGGAGGCACUCGGGCGGGGCCAACAGGUCGAGCUGACCUGCAAGUCCCGGGGCGGCAAUCCACCGGCUCAGGUGAUAUGGUUCAAGAACGGCCAGAACGUGCACUCGGUGUACUCGACCGAGGGCCGCAUCUCGAAGAACGUGCACUCGUUCCUUGCCCAGGCGAGCGACGACAAGGCCAGGUUCGAGUGCAAGGUCAACAACGUCAUGAACCUCACCCCCAUGACGGCCCACGUCGACCUUAGCGUGCUCUUUUCUCCGGAGCGAGUGACGAUAACGGGGCCGUCGGAGGCCAAGGCCGAGGAAAAGGUGACCAUCACCUGUACGACUGACAUAUCGAAUCCGGCCUCGAAGAUCAAGUGGGUCGUUGACAACCACAACUUCAACAGCAGCUUCUCCCAGAUGCUGCCGGCACCCCAGGGUGGCUUCAUCACCACCUCGAACAUCACCUUUCAGAUCAACAAGCAGGCCAAGAGCGCCGUGGUCGUAUGCCUCGCCACCAACGACAAGCAGUCCGAGAACGUCGUCACCUCGCACAAGAUCAACGUCAUUUAUCCUCCGUCGAGAUUAGAGAUUUCCGGCUACGAGCCGGGCACGAGCAUCGUCGCGGGAACAAUUCUGAGACUGUCCUGCACCGCAAUAUCGGGCAACCCCCUGGCGACCAUAACGUGGUACAAGAACGACGUCAAGGUACGUACGAAGGUGACGGGCACGACGAGGACGCGCGAUCACGCCAUCACGAGCGAGCUCGCCCUCCACGUCAACGCUUCGGACAACAAGGCCAACAUACGCUGCGAGGCGAGCAACUCUGCCACGCAGGUGCCCCUCGUCAAGACCCUCAAUCUCAACGUCUACUUCCUACCAGAGGUGAUAAAGAUAAGCAGCGAGCCGGCGGCGUUUCGCGUGGGCAAGCGGGGCAGGUUGGUGUGCGAGUCGACGAGCAGCAACCCCCCGGCCGAGAUGUCGUGGUGGAAAGCCGGCAGCCCCGUCACCGGGACAACCAACGCGACCAAGAGCGGCCUCUACGGUGGCUUCAUAUCCACGGUCGAGCUCCCCCUCGAACUCACCGAGCAGAUGAACGGCGAGGAGUUCACCUGCCAGGCGAAGAACCCCCAGAUCGACCGGAGCGUCCACGACACCACUACCCUCAACAUCCUGUACAAGCCGGUGUUCGAGAGCAUCGAGCCGAACGAGCUGGUGGGCAUGGAGGGCGAGCCAUUCGUCGUAUCGGUGUCGGCCCGUGCCAAUCCGUCGGCUAUAACGUACACCUGGACGAGGGACGGGAUGCCGCUGGCCAAGAGCGCCAGCGCUGGUUUCCGGGUGUUGGCGCGCGGGCCCACCCUCAACGUGACGCGGCUCGAGCGCAGCGACGCCGGCACCUACAGCUGCGAGGCCAUGAACGACGAGGGCACCACUUUUUAUCAGUUGAAUUUGACCGUUCAAUACCCGGCAAAGAUAGUGCGCACCUCGGCGUCGGGCGUGAUCUACCCGACGGGCCGCGAGGCCAAGCUGUUCUGCGAGGUCGAGGGCUCGCCGAUCGGCGGGGAGUUCGUCACCUGGUACAAGGAGAGCGCGAACGUCGCCGAGCUCGGGGACCGGUACGCCUCGUACUUCUCCAACAACACGGCCUACCUCAGGAUCAAGAGCCCCGGCCAGAAGGACGUGGGCGAGUACAGGUGCAACGUCAACAACGGCAUCAGCAACGUCACCUCCGACCCCGUGCUCUUCAUCACGAACUUCAAGCCGGAAAUGGCCAACACGCCGCUGACCAAAAAGGCUGCCGUGAACAGCGGAGCAAAGGCCCAGCUGUACUGUAAGGCGCGGGGCUCGCCACUGCCGCACUUCACGUGGGUCUUUGGUGGUAAAACCAUUAUGGCCAACGUGACGGAGUACAAGUACGGGGUGACCUACACAAACUUGUCGGAGCUGUACUCGCAGUCCGUCCUGACGAUAAACAAGGUGGCCAACGCGGAUUACGGGAAGUACGAGUGCAUCGCCCAGAACAGCAUGGGUAGCGCGAGCGAGACGAUAGGAUUGGACGUGACGUCGCAGCCGGACGAGCCGACCGACUUGGAGGCUGUCAACGUCACCCACGACAGCGUGACCUUGGUUUGGAGGCGGGGCUUCGACGGUGGUCUGCCCACGUCGCACCGGGUGCGUUGGCGCGAGGCCCGCGACGACGAGGAGAACUACCAUUACCUCGACGUCUCGCCGGGCGUCUACCGGGCGGUCGUCGAUCGAUUGGCCCUCGGCACCUACUACGUCUUCAGCAUCAUGGCCAAGAACUCCAAGGGAGAGAGCCCCUAUUUGCCCGACCUCCUCAAAGUCCAAACGCUACGUGAAGCACCGCCCAACGAAAUGAUCAUCAGCGAAAUAAAUUCCUCGUACAUCAUCGUAAUAAUCAUCGCUGUAUCCGCCUGUGCUUGUCUCCUCAUUGCCACGCCCAUAUUCUAUACCGCCUUUGUAUCGAAAAAGAAGGCCCAGCGCUCUGGCAUAAACAAGUCGCAGACAGCGGACAUGUACGCGCCGUCGACGGUGAACGGCGACACGAUGACCGGAGAGCUGAGCUCAGUGUCCGACGAAAAGAGCGACGUCAACUUUGACGCUAACGAUUACGUGGAAGAGGGACGCAAGACCGCGGCGAGCACCUACCUGAUAGACCCGACGCUGCCGGACUACGGCAAGCCAAGCCUGGAGAUGCAGGUGCACCAGCAGAGCACACUUAACAGGCGCAGCAAUCACAUACCCAGCAUUCUGAGCAUGGACUCGCCGCCCCAGCGGACCACGGCCAGUGGCACACUAUCCGCUUCGAAGUCGAGCUACAUCGGCAACCCGAGCCCUGCCCCACCCUCAGACGUAAAUUUCUACAGCGUGGAAAUGGAGAGCGGUCGCUUUAUGGGAUAUGAGACGGAGCCGAGCCCGGUCCCAGCCUCGUCGAUCCUCGAGGGCCCGGGCGCCUACUACCCAUCCCUCAGCCCUGCCUCUGGCCACCACCUGCACCACCACCACCACCAGCAGCAGCAGCAGCAGCAGCACAGUCCACAGCCAGGUGGGGGACUACAGCAGCAACACCACCACCACCUGCACCAGUUUGCACCGCUCGGCAGUACCAGUCUCAUCAUAGGCUCCGGCAGCAACAGCCUACUGAUGGGGGUGGGUUCGCUCGGCGGUUCCAGCAGCAGCGCCAGCGGCAUGGGCACCCUGACCCGGAACAGCCGGACUCUGCCGCGGCCGGUGCCCCCCCCAGACGUCACUGUUAUGACUGCCGGAACAAAGUCACCCCUUCCGCCGACGGUACCCCCCCCGCCCGCUACAUUUGCACGUGCGGCCCCCAUCCCCGGACAUUCCCUCGGGCACCCACUGUCAACUUUCACAUCGACGCCUCAGUACUCUGAUAUUGACGGGCACCUCGUCUGAGCUCGCCGGGCCACCGCUGAGCCCCUCCACCGCCACAACGACGAGGACUGCACCAGGCUCUGAAUUCACCCAGCCUCCCUUCGGACUUUUAUUUAUUUCAUCCAACUGCACGGCUACCGAUUGGCUUGCCAACAGACAUUCGUGCACUGCAGAGCUUCCUUUUCCCCGUCCCAUCGCAGUUGCUAUACAAUCUUUACACUGUACAAAAAUAUGUAAUCUGAUCCCCGGCUAAC